UCCCCAUCCAUACCUUGCUCAAAAGCUCACAUAUACCUCUUGGCUUUUUAGUUUUUUUUUUUUUUUUUUUAAACCAUUUCCUACCUUUCUCCAAUCAACCAAUUAAAACGAAAAUAAACCGACCAAAAUGCCUUCAAAAAUCUCCGACAUCCAAAACCAAAAGUCACGUUUUUUUGCUCUUUCAUAGUUUUCCAAUUUUCACAACUACUGCAUGUCAACACUUUUGCUGCCACACUCUUUUCUUUCUUUUGUACUCCAAAAGAUUGUUGUUUACUUCUACUCUUAUUUUAAUGGGUUUUGUUUUGUUUUGCCUUUGGACAAAAGUUUCAACUUUCAACAAAAUAUUAGUUAAUGGGGUAUCGAAAAAAGGGGGGGGCCUGCAUUCUUCAUGGAACUCACUUUUAGCAAAUGGGUAUGUGCAUUUCUACUGUGUUGUUGGCUCAACUUCUCUAAGGGAUACUCAGUGGAGGGAUUACGUGGGGAUUCUAAAGUUAAAGCAGUGAACUUGGGAGGGUGGCUGGUUGUGGAAGGUUGGAUUAAGCCUUCACUGUUUGAUGGCAUUCCCAAUGGAGACAUGCUUGAUGGAACAGAGGUACAAUUUAAGUCAGUGACAUUGCAGAAGUAUGUGUCUGCAGAGAAUGGAGGAGGUAUGAUUGUUACAGUUAGCAGAGAUGUUGCAUCUUCGUGGGAAAGCUUUAAGUUAUGGAGAGUUUCAGAAUCAGAAUUUCAGUUUCGCACCUCCCAAGGCCAAUUUCUAACAUGUGAUGGAAUAGGUUGCUCUAUCUCUGCAACUGCAGAAUCACCUUCCACGUCAGAAACAUUUUUCAUUGAAAGGAAUAACAGUAGAGUUCACAUCAAACUCAAGAGUGGGGCUUAUUUGCAGGCUACAAUAGAAAAUCAGCUCACCGGAGACUAUCUAGGGACGCCGGGAUGGGAUGAUAAUGAAGCCACAUUUGAGAUGAUGAUUGUAGCAAAUAACUUGCAUGGAGAUUACCAGCUUGCAAACGGAUAUGGACACAAUGAUGCCAAAAAGGUUCUUCAGAGACAUAGAAACACUUUUAUCACUACCGAAGAUUUCCAUUUUUUGUAUAGACAUGGAAUAAAUACUGUGAGGAUCCCAGUUGGCUGGUGGAUUGCUUCUGAUCCUAAUCCUCCUGCUCCAUUUAUUGGAGGUACUCUGGAAGCUCUGGAUAAUGCAUUCUCAUGGGCACAAGCCUAUAACAUUAAGUGCAUAAUCGACCUUCAUGCAGCUCCUGGCUCCCAAAAUGGGAUGGAACAUAGUGCUAGUCGAGAUGGUUUUACAGGCUGGCCUUCUCCAGAUUACAUCUCUCAAACAUUGGAUGUUAUAGAUUUUCUAGCUUCCAGGUAUGCAAAACAUCCAGCAUUACUAGGAAUUGAGCUCUUAAAUGAACCAUCAGCAGCCACAGUUCCAUUGGAUACUUUAGUUUCAUAUUACAAACAAGGCUACCAAAUUGUUCAAAAGUACUCAUCAACGGCUUAUGUAAUAAUUUGCCAAAGAAUUGGCAAUGCAGAUCCCUUGGAACUUUAUCAGGCUAACAUAGGCUCUCACAACAUAGUGGUGGAUUUGCAUUUCUACAAUCUCUUUGACCCUUUCUAUGUUAAUAUGAGUGCUGCGGAUAAUAUACAAUUCAUAUACAAGAGCAGGGAAGACCAAUUACGGGCCCUCAACAGCACAAAUGGUCCACUUGUUUUUAUUGGGGAAUGGGUGAAUGAAUGGAAUGUGACGAGUGGGUCUCAGACAGAUUACCAAGAGUUUGGGAAGGCCCAGUUAGAGGUUUAUGAUUCAGCUUCCUUUGGAUGGGCAUAUUGGACACUAAAAAAUGACAGAAAGCACUGGGAUUUUGAAUGGAACAUAAGGAACAAUUAUCUCCAACUAGGUGAUUCACCCAACAAGAAAAUUUUCAACAGUUUAAUGUUGCUUGGGUUGACAUGUGCCUGGUUCUGCAUGCAUUCUUUAUUGUGAAGUCACAACUAAGUUGCAUCAUGACCUAACGUUGAAGAGGAAGAUUUUACCAUGCGGCAUUUCUUUGAUUUUUGGCUUCUCAACCAUCACAUUCGUGUUCUUUUACAAAAUUGCAAAGUGCAAUAAUAUUGCUAUAGCAGAAAGAAUCUACAGAAUUUGUAGAUGAUAAUGUAAAAACUUCAAGGCUAUAUGUGUUACACUCAAUAAUAUUCAGAGGAAAAUUUUCUUCCUAA